AUGGAUGUUCAGUCUGCACGUAAUGAUUUACAACCAUGUUUCAAUAGACUUAAAAAUCUUUUAAAUACCUUAGAUGGAUAUACAAAGUAUGACUAUGCCUUAGAACAGCAGUUACAGUCUUUAAAGGAUGACUUGGAACUUCUUAAUGAAAUUCUGACUAAGCUAUUUUUAGAUUGUAAACAAGGAAUAGCAACAGGGAAUUUAUCUAUUCCAUUUAAUAAUUCAAUAUUACAACAAAAUUUGGUUAUUAUAGAUUUGAUUGAUGAUUCUGAUAAGUAUGAUAUCACAUUCUCCCAUCUUUUGGAUAUAAUGGAAUUGAAUGAAUAUGAAAAUCAUUUUGAUAUAAUUAUUGAUUUAAUCGAAUCUUGCAAUUUUGCAAAGAAUAAACUACAAUCCUUAUUGACCAAUUUGAAAAUAUACAUAGAUAUUAUACUGGAAUAUCACGAAAUCUUAAAUGAUAAUAUGAAAACAUUAGACAUUAUCAUCAAUAAAAAUAUUGACAAUCUUUUCAGUUUACAAGAUAUUAAAAAUACGUCUCCUAUGAGACAUGUACCAUCUUUUACGUUGAACCAACUAAUAAAGAUUCUGUCAAAAGACUAUCCAACAACAAUUCCACUUAGUACUAAUAGCAAGGAUAAUAUCAACGCCCAAUUAAAAUUACCUAAAUUUUCACCCAUGGAAGAAAAAUUAAUAAAAAACUUUAUGAAAAUCCAAAGUGAUUUAAAACCCAUUGAAACUUCGUUAUUGGAAGUCUUACCACAAAGGCUACAGCAAUUUGAAAAAAGACAUCAAUAUUCAAACAAAGGCAUUGAUAUUCUUACACUAAAUCAACAAUUGAAACGCUCCUAUAAGGAACUGUUCCAAAACUUUAAAUUCUUAAAUUCUAAAGUUAAUUCAUUGAAAAAGGAUUUAAUAGAUAAACGUUGGAAUAUUAUUUUUACAAAUCUAAAUCAUGAACUAGAAUUUUUAAUUAACGAGAUGGAAAGAAAUUAUCAGUUAUUAGUAAGAUUUCAUAACAACACUGAUGUAACUAGUGAUAACACACAAUCCAACUCUUUGAAUGAAACAAAUUUAAAUACAGACGGCGGUAUAGAAUCGUCGUUAUUGUCAACCUCGGCAUCAUACAAAAUAUCGAAACAAUUAACACUUCAAAUGGAAAAAGUAACAACAACUGUUUCAAAAACUUUUGAUGUUAUAUAUGCAGCAGCAGAAUUUUCUCUUUUAGAUGAAAAGAUUGCAAAUAAAACCAACGAGUUAGCGCGAAACUGGGUAAAUCUACGCCCCCAAAGUGAUCAAUUAAUACUUAUAGUUAAAAACAAACUUAAAUCACAACAGCAUAUAAUAACAGAAACUAAGACAAAAGUACCGAAGAAUUGUGACUCAAGUUUCCUUGAUAUCGAAACUCUAGAACCACCCCCGCCGCUUCUUUCAACUGCAAGUAAAUCGAGACGGUCAAGUAACAAUUCAUACCUAUCGCAUGGAUCGGAUAGUGAAAGUGAUGUUGGAAAUAGAACUAUUGAAACUAUUGUGAAUGAUUUACGAAAAUUUUCUAUAGCCACUACAACAAAUCUUCAUAACAACAAUAAUGCCAAUAAGGAAAACGAAGAUAUAUUUACCAAGCGAAGUCAAAUGGAUGCAAAUAUACUAAAGAAACCUAUUUUGAAAUCAGGUUCUUUACAAAACGAUGAUACAAAAAUUACCACUCUAAAGAGUGGAGCCAAAUUGUUGGAGAAAAUGCAUAUAAAACCGAUUAUUGUCUCAACCUCUAUUGCAGAAUCUGCAUCCAAAGAUAUUGAUAAUGAAAAUAACCCAUUUUUUGACUCGCAAAGUCUCGAAUUAACAAAGUUCCAAUCAGAACACCAAUCUAAUACUAGUAAAAAAACACAAAGAAAAAAAAAGACUAGAAGUCUCAUUUUAAGUACUCUUCCACCUCUUAUCCAUAAAACCAAUGAGAAGGAUAUUACAAAGGAUCAAUUCCCACCUCUAUUAAAAGAAUCAAUGAAUCGUACAGUCUCUUCAUCGUUAACAAUAUUAGCCUCACCAUUAUCUUUGAAAAAUACCUCGAUAAAUGAUGAGAUGUCGACAUCAUAUAUAAAUUCUACUAUUAAUAAUAAUGAAAGUGAUUUUAUGGAUUCUACUACUGUAGAAAUUGUAGAGUCAAAUGAUAUUGGACACCAUUCAGAAAUUUUGUCCAAUAAUCUUACUAAAAGCCAAAUAACUGCCAACACUCCAAUAAGACAUGAUAUUUGUGAUCAAGUCUUAUCACAGACAGCAGCAUCUACUGACGUAAAUAAUGGUACAAAAAGCAUGAAUCCAAAGGUACAUUCUUUUUUUACAUCAUCUUCUUCUACAUCAUCCAUUAGCAAAAAUGAUAUGUUAGAUUUUUGUAAUAAUUCAUCAGAAAUAGCAACUCCAAAAAGGGUAACUUUACCCCAGCAAGAAGAGUUAAUUACACAUAUUUCACCAGAAACGUUUAAUCAACUGUUGUGUGGCAGAAUUGAAAUUAAUCAAAAAAAACCUUCUUUAAUUCCACAUAUUCAAAACAACAAUACGUAUUUCUCAAAUGAACGUAUUAAACCUAUAAGUUUACCAAGGAAAGGGCAUAAGGUUUUUCUAUCUAAAAGAAUUCCAACACCUACACCCUUAUCUCAGUUAUUAACACAAAGUUCACAAAAAAUCCUUGGAUAG